AUGGCCGAUUCCAACCAGUCCGGCACCAUCGCGCGGGCCACCAAGCCCGUUAGCGAAGCUCUGCUUAACGAGAAGUGGGACCGCGCCAUCUCCUCCGUGAUCAUCAAGUCCUCCCUCGGUCUGUCUUUCGGUGUCGUCUUCUCCGUUCUCCUGUUCAAGCGCCGCGCUUGGCCCGCCUGGGUUGGUCUCGGUUUUGGUGCCGGUCGUGCUUGGGAAGAGGCUGAUGCUUCCUUCCGCCGUGGUGACUCUCCCAUCAGAGAUGCUCUGCGCCGGUAA